UUUUUUUAUCAGAAUGAUUAAACGGAUUUCUCAUCCCAUUAUUCGCCAAUUCAAUGCAAGUGCCAAAGCUUUAUUUCAACAUGAAAAUGUACUCCCCUCUUCUUCUCAAAAUGUAGCAAAAACAAAUACAAAAUUUAUUAAUAAAACUUCAUUACCCGAUUCAAUAGAAAGAGAUUGUCAAAAAUGGGAAUCUGCAUUGAAAAAAGACAUGGAAUCGAAAAUGGAGAGUCGGCAAUGGCUUGAUUUAAAUUUAAAAUGUUUAGACGUGAUUUCACAUAAUCGUUCUAGCAAAUUGGUUAUCUCAACAGAAAAUAUUUCAAAAAAUCUAACUUCAAGCCAAAAGAACGAUCUUUCUCAAAUACUCAAAGUCAAUUCUUCUAUUUAUUUACAAAUUCCAAAUUUUUCAUCAGAUAAUUGUGAACAUUUUAUUUCUCCAGGAAUUGUUGUUAGUGUUUUUAAUGGAGGUUUUUCUGUUUAUUUUAAUCAACCAAUUGAUGAUUCAACUCCUUUUUUGAACAAAACAGUCCAAAUUCAAUUAUCUGGAACAAAAACAAAUAUUUCCCAAUUAGAGUUUUUAAGUAUACGUGAUACUUGGCAUUCUCUUCCUGGUUAUGAUUUGCUUCUUUAUGCUUACAAGUGUAAUAAAAGAGAACAGGGGAAUAGAUUGGUUGAUUCUUUGAAAUUUAUUGAAGGGGAGGAUUUGGAAGCAAUUGAAGAACGUUUAGCUUUUGCAGCUGCUCUUAAUUUACAAAGAAAACUUGUUUCAAUACACAUUGGUGGGCAGACACGGACUAGAAUGGUGGCAAAGUAUUUGGAUAUUAUUACAAAAAAGGGCAGUCCAAAAUUCUUUUAUUUACGGCUCCACAAUAUUUCCCUUAAAAAUCCAUUUAACAAUCAAAAGAGAGACUCGUAUUUUCAGAAUUCAAAUAUCAAAAUCGCAAUUAUCUCCCCUCAAGUCGAUCAACUCUAUUUAAUGAGCCGUUAUCACGAAAUGUCUGGAAAAACCAAUUUUGUUUCAAUUCAAAAAUUGGAUUUAAAAUUACUACAAAAUAUCGUUAAAAAUCCGGAUACAAGAGCCCUUAUUGAAAGAAAAAGUGUUGAACCUGGGAAAGGACUUUUAGUGGAAAAAGCAGUUAAUCAAGGAGAUAAUAUUGUUUUUAUUGGACAUAGCAAUUCUUUACUAAAAAUUUUUAUUUCUUCAAAAAUUGUUUUUGAUGUUGUUAUAUUAGAUGGUGCUGAAAGACGCUCUGAAAUUGGGUCAUGGCAGCCUAUUCUUUCUUUGGUAAUUUUUAAAACUUUCAAAAUCCAAGACAGACUUGAUUAG